AUGGCGAGCAUACAGGCAGCCUCGACUGCCGGGCGAGAUGCGCGAGUGUCGUCGCACACUCACAUCAGAGGACUUGGCCUGGACGAAGAAGGUUUCGCACCUGACGACGCAGCAGGGUUCGUCGGCCAAAAGCAAGCGAGAGAGGCUUGCGGUAUCGUCCUCGACCUGAUAAAGACGAAGCGCUUCUCGGGCAGGGCUCUCUUGCUCGCCGGUGGUCCAGGCACAGGCAAGACAGCGCUCGCACUUGCCAUCUCUCAGGAGCUGGGCUCGAAGGUACCCUUCUGCCCCAUGGUCGGCAGCGAGGUGUACAGCAACGAGGUCAAGAAGACGGAGGUGCUCAUGGAGAACUUCAGGAGAGCGAUAGGUCUGCGAGUCAAGGAGACCAAAGAGGUCUACGAGGGCGAGGUGACGGAGCUGUCGCCUGCAGAGGCAGAGAAUCCUCUCACCGGCUACGGCAAGACGAUAUCGCAUGUCAUUGUCUCGCUCAAGACGGUCAAGGGUGUCAAGCAGCUCAGACUCGACCCCAGCAUCUAUGAAAGCAUCCAGAAGGAGCGUGUCACCGUUGGCGACGUCAUCUACAUCGAAGCCAACACGGGCGCUGUCAAGCGCGUUGGACGGUCUGACGCUUAUGCGACCGAAUUUGACCUCGAAGCCGAGGAAUAUGUGCCGCUACCGAAAGGCGAGGUCCACAAGAAGAAGGAGAUCAUUCAGGAUGUCACCCUGCACGAUCUCGACAUGGCCAACGCGAAGCCGCAGGGGGGUCAAGACGUGAUGAGCGUCAUGGGCCAACUCGUCAAGGGCCAGAGGACGGAAGUGACCGACAAGCUGAGGGCUGAAAUCAACAAGGUCGUCGACAAGUAUAUCGAUCAGGGCAUCGCCGAACUCGUACCUGGCGUUCUGUUCAUCGACGAAGUUCACAUGCUCGAUAUCGAGUCCUUCACCUAUCUCAAUCGAGCACUAGAAUCCACAAUCUCGCCUAUUGUCAUCGUAGCUUCCAAUAGAGGCCUUGCGACCAUCAGGGGCACAGAAGGCGACGGAUCCAAUGCAGGCGACGGGAUCGUUAGCCCUCAUGGCGUGCCCGUCGACUUACUCGAUCGCUGCAUGAUUGUGCGCACGAUGCCUUAUGUGCGAGCAGAGAUCAAGAAGAUUCUCGAGCUACGCUCCCGAGUGGAAGGCCUUACUGUGCAGCCUGCCGCAAUAGAAAAGCUUGCCGACGAGGGCGUGCGCACUUCACUGAGGUUCGCGCUGCAACUGCUUACACCGGCAUCAAUACUCGCAAAAAUCAAUGGACGUUCGGAGAUACAGCUGGCAGACGUCGAGGAGACGUCAGGCACGCUCUUCCUUGACGCUCGCUCGUCUGCCAGACUGCUUGCCACCCAAGCUGCUUCUGAAUCAACAGCGGGGCGAUCCGAAUAUCUCAGGUGA